CGCAGAUAAGUCCACAAAGCCAACGCAUCCUCACGUGCUCGGAGUCACAGGGUCACGCCACAAUACAUUAACUCCCCGUAUACUUUUUUUAGUUCAGUAACCCCACUCUCACUCUCACUCUGACACACAGGCACAGCGCUGCCCCCUCUCGCCGGAUCCACCGCACGCUCGCGUCUCACCGCGUCUUCUCCGCUCGUCGUCCCUCGCCAGCGGUCUUGCUCCCUCUGCCUCGUAUUCUUCUCGUCCGCCAUCACUGCACCCAACGCCUGGUGUGCUCCACUGCUCGCGUCUUGCCUCGCUUCCUGCAGCUGUGCUUCCUGGUGAAUGCUUGCGUCUCGCUGCGCCGCUCCUCCGUCCCUCCCUCGCUUCUCUUCUGCGAUUAUUGCUGCCUGCACUUCACUGCUUGAUUCUGCCGCUGCAACAACAGUCAACACAAUUUAAAGUGGCCAUCCUUCUCCAUAUAAACAAACAAGCUUCUCUAAAACUCAGACACUACCUGAAAAUAUCAACAGUGCAUAGAUUCAAAGGUGGUUUAUUGAAUUAAGUCAUCGCCAUGGAUUUGGCAUCAGGUGUUGGUGGCAAGAUCAACAAAGCUCAAGUUCUAGAUGCUGUUGAUAAGUAUGAGAAGUAUCAUGUUCACUAUGGAGGGAAACAAGAAGAUAGGAAUGCUAACUACACUGAUAUGGUUAACAAAUACUAUGAUCUUGCUACGAGCUUUUAUGAGUUUGGAUGGGGAGAAUCUUUCCAUUUUGCACACAGAUGGAAUGGUGAGUCUCUUCGAGAAAGCAUCAAACGUCACGAGCAUUUCCUUGCUUUGCAACUUGGCCUGAAGCCUGGGCAGAAGGUUUUGGAUGUUGGAUGCGGAAUUGGAGGACCAUUGAGAGAAAUUGCUCACUUUAGCUCAACAUCAGUUACAGGAUUGAAUAACAAUGAGUACCAAAUAUCGAGAGGAAAGGAACUCAAUCGUAUAGCUGGGGUAGACAAGACUUGCGACUUCAUUAAGGCUGAUUUCAUGAAAAUGCCUAUUCCAGACAACAGUUUUGAUGCAGUGUAUGCAAUUGAAGCCACCUGCCAUGCACCUGAUGCUUAUGGAUGCUAUAAAGAAAUUUAUAGAGUGUUGAAGCCCGGCCAAUGUUUUGCUGCAUAUGAAUGGUGCAUGACCGAUGCAUUUGAUCCCAAUAACCAAGAACAUAAAAAAAUAAAGGCAGAAGUUGAGAUUGGUGAUGGUCUUCCAGACAUUAGGUCGACUACAAAGUGUCUUGAAGCUCUUAAGCAAGCAGGCUUUGAGAUAAUAUGGGAAAAAGAUCUUGCAAAGGAGUCUCCUGUUCCCUGGUACCAGCCUUUAGACAAAAAUCACUUCUCAUUGAGUAGCUUCCGUCUAACAGCUGUUGGACGAUUUUUUACCAGAAACAUGGUCAAGGCUUUGGAAUUUGCUGGAUUGGCUCCAAACUCCAAAGUAAGGGUUCAAGAUUUUCUAGAGAAAGCUGCUGAGGGACUAGUUGAAGGCGGAAAGAAAGAGAUAUUCACACCUAUGUACUUCUUUUUGGCUCGGAAGCCUCUUUCGGACAACAACUAAAGUGGUGGCGCAAAUUGCAUUUUGUAGUAAGGACUUCAAAUCUUGGAUUGUGUUUUCUUAUGGCCUUAUCAGCGUGAUAUUGCCCGUUUUAAGUUAUUUUGUGUGUUGAUUUUGAUUGUAGUUGGUGGUAAUUAAGUAGAGAUGGCUUUGAAUUUUCUCAAUGGAUGGGUUAUCAUGUCAUAUUUAUGUACCCUAUGCAGUGUAAGAAAACAUAAAUAAGAGGGGAAAGCAGGGAUGGAUAUUUUCUGUUGGGAAAAAAAAAAACACUCAACCCACUUAGGGAAUUCAUCGACUCUAUGUUAAAUCUUUAUAAAACCCAAUUCCAUAUUUAUUUUAUUUACCA